GGCAGGUUACUGGCAGCAUGCCGCUAAAAAGCAACGAGAUGUCUCCACUCUAUACUGCCAUCCGUGGGUAUGGGUCCUUCUAUGCCUAGGCUGUAGCGACGGUUGUUAUUCAGUUGUCCAUUGUCCCUUCAGCCACUGGGGGGCCCCAAUUGCCCCGAGCUCCAGUCUACCGAUAAACAUCCAGUACGGGGACGGGGACGGUGAGCGUUUUUUCCUUUAGUCCCCUUUAGCAAAUCGCAAUUGAACGUGGCAAUUUGUUCCUUGUCCGAAAAAAUUAAAAAAGUAGAGGUGGUCGUUCCGUCUUCGAGUUACAAUUCUUGAAGAAAAGAAUAUCCCGAUUCCCGACUCCCCGACCUCGCUGCACCGCUGCACGCUGCACGCCGCACGCCGCACGAGCACCACCAAAUUUCCAGAGCUUCUAACACCUGGCAACCUUCUCUGCCAACCUUCAACUUACUACGCUCUUCUCUUUAUCUUCCCUACCGGAAUUUCCGUUGCUUUCUUUCCUUUUUUAUUAUAUCACUCACUCACUCAUUCUUUUGUGACCUGACCCGUCGCCUUUCCCUUACCUAGCCUUGGUCUGGCUCAAUUGAUUCGUUUGAGCUGUUUAAAAUGGGUGUUAUCGACAAUGAGAUGAAGCGGUUGCAGGACGUUGUGUCCAGCCUAGAGGACCGCGUACGACGUCUAGAACAGCGCCAAUCCGGCGGAAGUAAUGAAAGCGUGCGCAUGAUCCUUAUGGGCCCUCCUGGAGCUGGAAAGGGAACUCAGGCGCCCAAGAUCAAGGAGAAGUUCUCUUGUUGCCAUUUAGCUACCGGUGACAUGCUUCGAUCCCAAGUCGCCAAGAAGACGCCUCUUGGAAAGGAAGCGAAGAAGAUCAUGGAUGCCGGCGGUUUGGUCAGCGAUGACAUCGUCAUUGGUAUGAUCAGGGAAGAACUUGACAACAACAAGGAGUGCAAGGGAGGCUUCAUCCUUGACGGUUUCCCCCGCACUGUCGCCCAAGCCGAAUCGCUCGACAAGAUGCUUGCCGAGAAGAACCAAAAGCUACAGCACGCCGUCGAGUUACAAAUUGACGACGCUCUCCUAGUUGCGCGUAUUACCGGUCGUCUAGUGCACCCUGCCUCCGGUCGAAGUUAUCACUCCACCUUUAACCCCCCGAAGGUGCCUAUGACGGACGAUGUCACCGGCGAGCCUCUGAUCCAGCGAUCCGACGACAACGCCGAUGCGCUUAAGAAGCGUCUGGUUACCUACCACCAGCAGACUUCCCCAGUUGUCGGAUACUAUAAGAACACUGGUAUCUGGAAGGGCGUUGACGCCAGCCAAGAACCUGGCCAGGUUUGGACCAGCCUGUUGAAGAUUUUCGACGAGAGCAAGAGCCCUAAGAGCGGUGGUAUCUUGAGCAAGCUGACUGGCCAAUAAGCCAGCGGCUACUCUUGUCUUUGCCUUCCGCUCUCAUCCUAGUUUCCUACGAUUCGGAUCUAGGAGAUAAGAUGUCGGCAUGGAUAUAGGAGUUUCCAGCAUGAGGCGUCAGGCGAUCAUCUAGAAAGGCGUCAUUAUCGGAAUGUGACGGAGUGGGAAAGGGGUAUUUGGAGCCCAGGGCGCCUAAGGAGUAAUGAUGGGAUGAAAGGGGGUACCUAUGGAAAUAACGCGCGACUUGUAUCAUACGACUUGCAUGUACCAUGGCAUCAUGAAUUAAGCCUUCUAAAAGACCCUGAAUCUUGCGUCUCCCUGAAAGUUAGCACUAAACUUGGGUUCAGCCUGUAGAUAGAAAACGCCAUGUUUUCCCAGCAUCAUAUCUCUUCCCAUUCUAUGCUGAACAAUGGCCAUUUUUCAGAAUCGAUGACUACCG